AUGGCAACGGCUGUGCACUACAGAGUGAGGCUUGAGCUGAGAGAGCUGCCUGUCAGCUUCCAUCCAUCUGCCUGGGCACUCUCUGCCGAGAAAGGGCUUGUCUUUAUUAACACAGGGGCUGCCUAUCUCAGCGUAAGUGCCUUCUUUUCUCUGCUAAAGUGCCCCUGUGAAGCUGUCACCCUGAAGUUUCUGGCAGUACUACUGGUGGCAGGAAUGCUUGCAUUCCUGGGUGCCAUCAUAUGCAUUAUAGCAAGUGUCCAUCCAGCAGCCAAGGGACCUGUCCUUGGUGCUGACAAUGAAUCUGCUUCUACAGUUCCAAUGGAGAAGAGCUUGGGAGCUCUCCAUGGUGUUAAAACCCUGUAUGGCUCCAAAGAUUCCCUUCUGGAGCUCUCUGGUUCAAAGAGCCAGGCCCCUCCAACCUUCAGCAGGCUCCUGUGCACCCCCCUGGAAAUGGAGUGCCCGUCUGAUGUUCAGAGAGAUGCCCCGCAGCCGCCCGGAGAAGAGGUGCUCUCUUUGCAAAGCACAGCAGAACAGCUGAGACAGACUGUGUUACAGCAGAAAAAGCAGAUCCUCACUGACCAAGAGGCCAUAAGGGAGCUGACUGGUAAGCUCAGCCGCUGUGAGAACGGCUUGGACAAGAGUUAUCGGGAGGGUGCAGAUGGCUGGGGAACCAAGGAAGGAGCUAUGGGAGAUCUGCCCCUCGACUCCCCCCAGGCAGUGCAAGAGCUGGAAGAGGCAGUGAGGACACUGAAAGAUCGCAUUGAGAAAAUUGAGACAGAGAUUCAACAAAGAGUGAAUAAUGCAUCUUCUCCAACCUCUGCAUCACCACCACCUUUUCAUGGAAGGGAUUCACUGCAAUACAAGAUGCUAGAGCUGGAAGCUCAACUUCUGGCCAAGCUUCAAGAGCUUGAGAAGGAACAGACAACAGCCUCUGGGGAAAGAGACAAACAGGAUAUAGAGAAAGAACUGAGCAUUUUACAGAAUCGCAUUGCAGAACUAGAACAUGGAAACCCAGGAUACAACCCUGAAAAUUUCAAGCUCAGCUUUUCAGUCCGUACCAACUACAUGUAUGGGCGGGUGAAGAAGACCCUUCCAGAACUUUAUGCUUUCACCAUGUGCAUGUGGCUGAAAUCCAAGGCAUCGGUAGGGUCAGGGACUCCCUUCUCGUACUCAGUACCAGGUCAGCCUAAUGAAAUUGUGCUGUUAGAGUGGGGGCACAACCCAAUGGAGCUUCUUAUCAAUGACAAGGUCACACAGUUGCCUGUAAGUCUAAAAGAUGGCAUGUGGCAUCAUAUCUGUGUAGCCUGGACCACGAGGGAUGGCAUGUGGACAGCUUUCCAGGAUGGGAAGAAGAAAGGCUCUAAUGAUAACCUCUCUGCUUGGCAUCCCAUUAAACCCAACGGAGUCAUUAUUUUCGGACAAGAGCAGGACACAUUAGGUGGUCGUUUUGAUGCAACACAGGCAUUUGUGGGUGAAGUGGCACAGUUCAACAUGUGGGAUCGAGUUCUGACCCAGACAGAAAUAGAGGGCAUCGCUAACUGUACAGCACCCCUUGUUGGCAACCUCAUUCACUGGGAUGACCGUCAGGUGGAUGUUUUUGGAGGAGCCACAAAGGGGAUAUUUGAAAGCUGUGAGGAGCGCCUGGGCCACUGAACCACCUCAGCAUCCUAGCUUUCCUCUUGCACCCUACCUUCCCUUUAGUGUCACCAUUGCAGGCUUGGGCAGCUACCCAAACAUUGGGUGGUAAGACAGCACAAACUCGAGUUGCCAGCAACACUUUCAAAAUGAGUAGUGUUUGUGGUUAGUGAAUGGGUUUAGGAUGAAAUCUUUUCCAGGUGAUCUUAAAGCAGACAUCUUAAUUGUGGCAUCUUUUUCUUCUUACCUAACCACAGGCUGUUGAUUCCCACUAGCUGAUAAUAAAUGAUCUGCAUUACAUUAGGCUCGGAAUCCUGCAGUAGCAGUUACACGUCGGUAACCAAUAGCACAAUGUCAGCACAAAACAAAAUCUUGCUCUUUACCUUACUGCCAACACAUUAGGCAGCUUAAUGUCUCAUCUGCUUAAUAUGUUCUGAGAAAACACUUUACACAAACCUCUGCUCAUCCUGGGCCAAAUGAUAUUGUUGUAGGGUACCGAUUGGUAACAGUCUGCCUAAACAAUAAUGGGAGUAGCAGUAAGAAAAUCACACUGAAUAUAGGUUGCUUUCUCUUUCAUCAAGAGAAAAGGCUACAACACUGGACCCUCUUAAAAGUUAUGAUAAAAUAAACAUGUUUGUGUUCUCUGAUGCCACAAAAAAAUUAUGCCAAAAGAUUUUAUUUUCCAAAUUUUAGAGGAACAAUUACAAAAUCAAGGUACAGUAAUACAGGGAAGGGUUUUAUUUUCUAUUUACCCUUUAAGGAGUGGUUCCCAUUUAAGUUAACUUUUAAUAUGUUAUAGAAUGCCCUAUUCCUAGCAAGUUUGCAAGUGGUCAUCAUUAAUUAUUUAUUAUAGUUUAUGAAUGUUUUGCCUUUCUCUUCUGCCUCUUUCUAGUUUUCAGAUGAGGUCACUGACCCUGGCAGCAAAAAAAUGAUUGCUCUGUGAGGCUACAAAGUUAUCGGUAUUGUUACAUUUUAUUGCUUCCUAUUCGGCCCCUCUCCAAUUUAUAUUCCAGUCUCUCAUUCAAACUGCAUUCAUACUGCCUGGUUUCUAAGGUAAAAAAGAACCAGGCAACCACUGAUCUAAAAGCUAAAUUACUGUAAAACCACUUAAAAUAAAAAAUGAAGACCAUUUGCAUAUUGUCUCAGAAUAUCAAUGUCUACAUCAUACUAAAAGUUAAUGUAAAGGUAAACUACCCCUUUAAAGUAACUGGGCAACAGCGCAACUUCAGGUUAUUUAUAUUUAUAAUAUAAUAUUUUUAAAACAAUUGCCUUACAGACUUACUAAAAGUAUUUAACCAAGAACACAUCUAUAUUCCUUAUUUUCUAUUUUUUUCUAUGUAUUUAUUUUAUUCUUUGUUUUAUUUUUCUUUUUUUAAAUUUCUAUUUUUCAUCUGAAAACAAUGCAAAAGAGCAAGAAAUCUAAGUAAAAAAAUAAAAAAAACUAUUUUUCCAUUUGAGGGUAAAUAGUCACCACUUACUAUAAGAAUUUUAUUUUUGUGCAUUUUAUUUCUACAUUUUCCUGGCUAGUAAAUAUAAGUAGACAAAUUUUAACUUUAUAUAAUUAUAGGAAAAUCUGUGGUUUAUGAGUACAGAUAGCUGCUUUAAGACAUAACUCAUGGAGAAUAAAGAACUUAAAUAUCUGUAACUGAGAGAUCCUCCCUUGUCCAUACAUAAACUUCAUGGGGCUGCAAUCAUUUAAUCUCUAUGGUUCUAUUUUGUGAUAUCACAAUAUUGACUCACUGUGACAUAAGACAUCACUGCCAUUUUCUCGUUCAGAGUUCUUCCAUAUUUCUAAACUAUUUCACUUCUUAUAUAUAUGUAUUGUGUUAACUUUGAAGGUUUCUCUUAAAAGUUUAUUAAAACGACAAAAAUAUAUUCUUUCUUGCUUUUUCAUAUUCUCUCAUUCCUUUGUCCCAUUCCCUUUCCCCACCUUCCUCCCCCAUGUCUUUACAUUGUCCUAAUUCUCCUACCUUGCUUGAUCUUUUGGAACAUUUGUGAAUUGAAUUGUGUCUCUUUUCUAUAUUAUCAGUGCUGGAAAUAAAGAUGGAAUUGUGUUUGUUUACAA